CUAGAGCAGUCUCAGCUGUGUCAUUUCGCCGAUUCUCUCAGAUAGCCUGCCGUACAGGGGGACAUUCCACAGCGCGACGCCGAGCAGUCCCUUCAGGUCGUAGAAGGAUGCAUGUAGCUCCACGCCUCCAGGAGGAAAGAUAAGAUGGUCAGCGUCCAGCACCAUAAUGUAGCCGUCCACCAUCCCAUCGCCCCCUCCCACCCAUUCGCCCAUCGCACCCCUCGUUGAAGGCCCCUUGCGCCCCGUCCGGAAGCGAAUGCACACGAUGAAAGGCAGAUCGCACACGCGGAAGACCGCCGCAGCCGCACCCCCUCUCAUCUCGAUGUUCAGUGAGCGAAUGAAUUCCCUCAGUGGCCCUCGGGCGUCAUCCUCACACACCAUGCAGUCCUCAUUUAUGAUGCCCACUGUCCCAUUAGUCUUGUUUGCAGCACUGAAGCCUGCCAGCCCACGCAUCGAUGUGCGGGGCAUCACGCGCUCCACACCGAAUGGCCGACCGACCCCGAAUGGCCGGUAACUAUGAAGCAGUUGCAGCUUCGCCACAGGUGAUAUGGCAUGGUCGCGCUGCGGUGAUGUACUGGUCGAGAUCGCGGGAGUGUCCGCUGAGACUCUGAACCAGUCGCUGCAUUGGUGUAGCAUAUCUGUCUCAGCCGACACGCCAUCAGCCACAUCUCGCGUCAAUCCAUCGGUAGUCUCAGCGACCUGCAGCUGGCGGGAGGCGGCCGCCAGUGGAUGCGAUGGAUCGCAGCGGCAAGGCUUGUCACACUGAUCUUCCACAGUCGAGGUGCCUGUCGGAGCUGGUCUUCCAUCCACUUCACCAGAAGCGAGACCAAGGACGAGGAAGAGUCCAAUGCAGAAUCUCAACAAUGAGAGCCGCCGCCGUCUUCGAUGCGAGUCACAUCGUGCCAUGGGUGGCGCAUCACAUAUCAGUCGUGGCACACUGACUUGGGUCCCGAUCUUGCCCAGCUGGCGCAU